AUGAUUGACAAUAUCAGUGCUACUACUGAAGGCUUCUUCAUCCUUCUGGGAUUCUCCAGGUGGCCUCACCUGGAAGUGUCUCUCUUUGUGGUGAUCCUAGUCUUCUACUUGAUGACACUGACAGGCAACCUGUUCAUCAUGGUCCUGUCACAUUUGGACACUCGCCUCCACACACCCAUGUACUUUUUCCUCUCAAACCUCUCUUUCCUAGAUCUCUGCUACACUACCAGCUCCAUCCCCCAGUUGCUGGUCAACCUCUGGGAUCCAGAGAAGACCAUAUCUUAUUCUGGAUGCAUGAUUCAACUCUACUUUGUCCUUGCCCUGGGAUCUACAGAGUGUGUCUUGUUUGUGGUGAUGUCCUAUGACCGUUGUGUAGCAGUGUGCAGACCCUUGCACUACACUGUGCUCAUGCACCCUCGUUUAUGCCAUCUGUUGGCUGUGGCUUCCUGGAUAAGUGGUUUUACUAACUCAGCACUUCAUUCACUCUUUACCUUCUGGGUACCCUUAUGUGACCAUCACUUAAUAGAUCACUUUUUCUGUGAAGUCCCAGCACUCCUGAGUUUAUCCUGUGUGGAUACUCGUGCUAAUGAACUGCUUCUCCUGGUCACCAGUUCUAUUUUUGUAGUAAUUCCACUUCUUCUUAUUCUGACCUCUUAUAGUGCUAUUAUCCAGGCUGUGCUGAGGAUGCCAUCAUCUACUGGGCCUCAGAAAGCCUUUGGAACAUGUGGAGCCCAUCUUUUGGUCGUUUCCCUGUUUUUCAUUCCAGCCAUGUGCAUAUAUCUGCAGCCUCCAACAGAAAGUUCUCAAGACCAAAGCAAAUUCAUUGCCCUCUUUUAUACUUUGGUUACACCCAGCCUCAAUCCUCUAAUCUAUACCCUCCGAAACAAAGAUGUAAGAGAAGCAGUAAAGAGACUGAUGGGGCGAGAGUAG